GGUACCCUUCGUCGGGUGAGGAUACGAUGGCUGGUCCUUUGGAAUGGAAAAUUGUUGCCUGUUUCAGGAUCGGGAGAUCGCCUGUCUAACAGGAGAGAAGAAUGCAGAGUGGGAUCUGAAGGUGGUCAUGACUUAAGGCCACUCCGUCUCCACUAUCGGAAUGGCCGGCUUUCUCAUUGUCCCCAUCCACCGGGAUUGAUUGGCCCACGGGUUCUAGGCUGGGUCUGCUCUUUUUGUCCCCAGUGGCCAGAAUUUUUUGCGACCGACAUUGACCUGUCAAAUUCGCCCGGGCAUGGAGAAGUCCUUCCUUCUUAAGCUAGCUCAAAGGGUGGUACUGAUAUCUUAUCGUUGGACCCAUACUGUGUAGUACUGUAGAUACCUAUGGUCGAUGAUGUUAUGGCAAUCUCCGUCAAGCAUUGCUUGUGGGGCCCAUGUUAAUUGUCUCUAUCAAAAUCAGUCUCUCAUGGUUAAUCCUUCCUCACUGCCUCUCAUUCAAACCACACCGAGAGCCAAGAUCCCAUAAUGGAAACAUGCGCCGCAAGACGCGCUUCGUCUGUGUCUCCGAUACCCACGGGUACACUCCAGCUGAAGCCGGCUUCAAACUCCCAGCCGGCGACGUUCUCAUCCACGCAGGUGACCUAACAAACCAAGGGAGCAUAACCGAACUGCGCAAAACCAUAGACUGGGUGGCCGCGGCUGAAUUUGAGGUCAAAAUAGUCAUCUGUGGCAAUCACGACAUCACACUAGAUCCAAACUUCUACGCCAAACAUGGCCCCAAAUUCCACAGUCAGCGUCUAGAAGAUCCCCAGAAAUGCAUCGAAGUCGUAACUGCAUCGUCUUCGAUCAUAUUCCUCAGGCACCAGUCAGCGCUAGUCCGCUUGACCCGGCCCAACGGCCCAAACACCAUCUUUAAAGUAUUCGGGUCGCCCUUCUCCCAAUCACCCGGAACCUGGGCCUGGGGAUACGAAUCCGCCGACGCCGCUGCCCUCUGGAGCCACAUCCCAUUGGACGCCGAUCUGGUUGUUACGCACACGCCGCCUCAUUCCCAUUGCGACCGCCGAGCGACCGGUGGUUCUGUUGGGUGCGAGGCCCUGCGUCAGGCGCUGGGUCGAGUUCGGCCCUCUCUGGCGAUCUGUGGCCAUGUCCACGAGUCGCGAGGCUAUGAGCGAGUACGAUGGCCACUGUCGCCGUUGACAGGGUCCGAGCAGGUUAUUCGCGGGGCGUUGCCUGAGCCGGGAAGUAAGAAGCAAAGUCUGAUCGACCUGACGGGCAAGAAAGCGCAGCGACUAGAUAAUGAUGAUUUCUUUUUCGAUGAAGUGAAGAACAAUCAAGGCGUGUCUUUCCCUUCAGCGCAGAAUAUCCUGAUCCUCCCGUCUGCUGAUGUUCCCGGGGAAUCUACAACGUCAUAUCCUCGAUUAAGACCAGACAAAUGCCCAAGUGACCCACCGAUCGAUCGUUCGCGUCGACGAGAAACUUGCAUCGUCAACGCGGCGAUCAUGGCGACGAGCUGGCCCCAUCGCGGAGGGAAGCGAUUCAACCCUCCCAUUGUUGUGGACUUGGAGCUCCCUGUAUGGCGGGAGUGAAUUCCCGUGGACUGGCCAACUACUGCGAGAUGCAUUGCCCAGUCCCAAUUAAUGCAUCUACCCACUAGCCAUCGCGAUUGGAUUCCCGAUGCUGUCCGUCUGGUAGCAGAUAGCUUGAGCUUUGACCUAUCCUUGACGUAUGGUUCGCUCUUUGGCUCGGGGUCGCAUGCACGGCUGCCUUGGAACAAAGGGGGAGCUACGCUUUCUUGCACAAUUACCUCCCUGCCUGAUAGUUUAAUAGGGGGUUGUUUGUUUUUGUGUAUUACAUCAUGGAAGGGACUGUUACAUGGGGAUAGGCACGGGUAUGCAGCCGGUGCAUUAAGUUGGCUGGAGUCUCACCCCUCCCUGUGCCAUAUCGUCACUGAGGUAUAUGCCUAAUUCGAGACUGACAAAAAUAAAUAAAUAAAUAAAAAUCAAAAUAAAAGAAGGGGAAAAACAUAUUAAGACAAACAAAUAAAACUCUUAAGAAGAUCUAGAACAAUAAAUUGGAGGACGACAAAGCAUAGCCACUGAAAUCAUUCGCCACAUCUUAGCUUCCAACUUC